CCGGGGGCCAUGGGCAUCCAGGGCAUGGAGCUCUGCGCCGUGGCCGUGGUCAUCCUCCUCUUCAUCGCCGUCCUCAAGCAGUUUGGCAUCCUGGAGCCCAUCUCUGUAGAAGACAGCAGCGAUGCCGACGUGGAGCUCCCGACCAUCCGGCACCAGCCCGAGGGGCUGGAGCAGCUGCUGGCUCGGACCAAGUUCACCAAGACGGAGCUUCAGUCCCUCUACCGUGGCUUCAAGAACGAAUGUCCCAGUGGCCUCGUGGAUGAGGAAACCUUCACGCUCAUCUACUCGCGGUUCUUCCCUCAAGGCGACGCCAGCUCCUACGCCCACUUCUUGUUCGACGCCUUCGACGCCGACCGCAACGGGGCUCUGUGCUUCCAGGAUUUCGCGGUGGGACUCUCGGUGCUGCUGCGGGGGACGGAGCAGCAGAAGCUGAAGUGGACGUUUGACCUCUACGACGUGAAUAAGGACGGCUACGUCACCAAGGAGGACAUGCUGGAGAUCAUGAAAUCCAUCUAUGCCAUGAUGGGCCGCUGCACCGAGCCCGCCCUGGGGGCCAGCGCGCCGGCCCAGCACGUGGAGCUGUUCUUCCAGAAGAUGGACAGGAACAGGGACGGCGUGGUGACUUUCGAGGAGUUCCUGGCCACGUGCCAGGAGGACAAGGACAUCAUGAGCUCCAUGCAGAUCUUCCAUAACGUGCUCUAGAUCCUGCCCAGCCCCCCGGAGUUUUUCUGCUCUUUCAGACAAACAAGAAGUUCAAAGGCAGAAGAAAUCCAGCAUGUGGCUCCCAGAGGUGGGAUAGGACAAGGACGGUUGCCACCAGAGCCCCCGGGGGAUGGCUCUGCCACCUGCCAGACAGACCCACUUUGGGGGGCUGUGCCUCCCCUUGACACGGACCCCCCGCCCUUGGCAGUGCAGGGACCUGACACAGCACAAGCCCAACCCCAGGGUGGGACACGGGGACUGCCUGGGACCUGAGGACCCCCAGAGAUGGGACACCUCAGGAUGCGGGGGCCCUCUGGAGGGAGUAUUCGUAUUGCAGCCAUGAAAUGGAACCCCCAAACACCAACUAAAAGCACAGCCCCUCCUCCCCCCAACACUCAGGGGUGCCCUCCCCAUGAAGCCACAGACACCUCCUCCCCCAGCAGCGUGGAGAGAGGGGGAUUUUAUAAAUAAACCAAAUAUUGACGAAUUAGGGGUGAAAUGGAGUCCUGAGGGAUGUGAGAGAUGCGCAGUGUCCCGGUCCCCGUCCGGCUCUCUGUCCCUGUCCGUGUCCCAGUCCCUUCUCCCAUUCCCAGCCCCUGUCCCGCUCCCAGUCUUAUUCUCCGUCCGUCUUCCAGUCCCUGUCCUUGUCGGGCUAGCAGUACAACUCCCGUGCCUCUCCCGGUCCCGUUCCCGUUCCUAUUCCCGUUCCCAUUCUCGGUCCCGUUCCCUCUCUCAUUCCCACUCCUGGUCCCGUUCCAGUUCCCGUUCCCACUCCCGGUUCCGUUCCAGUUCCCGUUCCUAUUCCCACUCCUGUUCCCGUUCCUAUUCCCGUUCCCACUCCCG